UCAGCUGAAUUCUAGCUGUUGGGUUUCCUGCUUGAACAACACAAGUAUAUUGAACAGCUGUAGGAAAAAAACCUGCAGAACAGAGCAUUUACAAAUGGAAAAUGCAAGCACUGAAAUAAAUGAGAAAUCCUAUUCAUAUCAACAUCUUGAACAGUGGACAAAAGAGGAAGUCCAACAAUGGGCAACUGAGGUUGUAAAGAUUGACCAGAAAUAUGCAGAAAUCCUGUUUAAAGAAGACGUGAGAGGUGUUUCUUUGAAAGUGAUGACUAAAAAAGAUUUAUUGGAAAUGGGCAUACCUCAUGGGCCUGCUCUUCAAAUAAUGCAUUUCCUGAAACAGCAUGGCAUUCCAGCUAAAGGCUCAAACCAGGCUGUGGAAGAAGAAGGCAGUGAACAGAAUCUCAAUGGAGAAGAAGAUGGAGAAAUUGCAAAGAAAGAGUGCAAGAAGAAAUACGUAUCAUUUAAUUCCAAUACGCUACAGGACUCCGAGACAGAGCCCAUAGAAGACCAAAAAGCAAUCAAGUCAUCUGACAAAGAGAAUGUAUCAGAGGAGGCACUGUCAAGCACCCAGCACCCAACUGGAAAGAUGUGUAUGCCAUAUCCUUUUGAUUAUUUCAGGGACGGUACUCGAUACAUACAGCAUAAUAUUCUUAAUGUCCCUGAAACAGGGCCACUCAAUCUCAUUGAUCCAGCACAUGAAUUCAAAUCACUUACCAACACAGAGAAUGUACCAGAAGAGGAUAUCAUGAUGAAAUUUAGCAAUGAAGUCUUUAGAUUUGCUGCAGCCUGCAUGAACUCCCGCACAAAUGGCACUAUUCAUUUUGGAGUAUGUGACAAUCCACAUGGUCAAAUUGAAGGAAUACGAGUUACCAAGAAAGAAGCAUACAUUGACCAUUUGAAUAAAUCACUCAGAAAGUACUUUAAUGAGCAACACACUGACAUUGCAAAAGUUUGCAUCAGAGAACCUAGAUUUGUGGAAGUAUUAUUACAAGAUGGAACUUCAUCACAUAAGUUUGUCAUUGAAGUAGACGUGAUUCCCAAAUACUACAAAUGUGAUGCAAAAUAUUUUCCUACCAACACGUACGAAAUUAAGAGUAAGAGGUGGAAAAAAGCUGUCUACAUCCGGGAUGGAGCUAGUUCCAAAAAUAUUCAUAAUACAAAAGAAUUUGAAACUUUUAAAAGUAACUUGACAUCUUUAGCAACUUCUCGUAAAAGUGCAGAGGAAGAACAUAACUUAAAGCGAAAGAAGCCAAUGGAUGAAGGACCAAAGCUAGUUAGUCUGCUCACAGGUAACAGAGACUCACUGGAUAGCUCUUAUUAUGACUACUACAUUUUGGUAACAAACAAGUGCCACCCAAGUCAAACUUCACACUUUGACUUUUUACAGGAAAUAAAAUGGUUUGCUGUGCUUGACUUUGAUUUUGAAUCAGAAGUGAAUGGUGUGCUCAAGACUUACCAAAAAAAUCGAAAUGCCAGACUUCACUUUCCGUAUCAUUAUGAAAACAAGAUGGGUUCAGUUUCUGAUCACGCUGAAAAGCUGAAACUGCAUCAGGAGACCAACUGGAUUUUCUGCAAUGGUGGAUCAGACUUCAAAGGCAAUAAGGAAAUACCACUUGAUCCCAUUUCAUGGCAACGAGACAGAGCUGCUGAUGUCAGAAAAAUGAUUUCAUUUCUUUCACACAAAGAUGUAAAGCACAAUGGAAAGUUCUUAACAGUGUUUCUUUUACUUUCCAAAGUGGAACAUUCAUCAGAUCCCUUUAUUGAGACUUUUGUGACAUUUUACCAAGAAUUAAAGGGACUAGAUUACAUGGUCUGCAUUUGCAUUGGUCCAGAUACAUACAAGCGAUGGAAUGAUCUUCUGCACACUAGAGGCAUUAGUGAGGAAGCACUUUCUGAUAAAUGUGUUUCUAAUUUAAGCCUGCAAAUGGUAAAUGGUACCAUCAUAAAAUCAAAAUCAGUGACACAGUCUUCUGAAAGGCUUCUGCCCUCUGUUGGUCUUUCUACUGUUCUUUUAAAGAAGGAAGAAGACUCCAUGGCAGCAUUGGAAAUACUUUGUGAAAAUGAAUGCAAAGGCACAGAAAUAGAGAAGGAUAAAGAUAAAUUUACAUUUUUCAUUAAAAAGCAGGAAGAAGAUUUUUAUCGAGGUAGUAAAGUAUCAUGGUGGAAUUUCUAUUUUUCUUCAGAAAAACAUACUUCAGAUUUUGUCAGAAGGGACAGUUAUGAAAAGCUUGCAGACCUAAUAGUGUCUUCAUCUAACAACACUAAUCAGUCACCUGUAAAAAUUAUCAACCUCUACCACCACCCAGGCUGUGGUGGGACAACAUUAGCUAUGCAAAUCCUUUGGAAUCUCCGGAACAAAUUCAGAUGUGCUGUUCUGAAAAACAAAGCAAGUGAUUUUGGAGCACAGGUGACAACUUUACUCACCUGCGGAGCAAACAAUGACACAGGCUAUUUACCAGUGUUACUUCUUGUGGAUGAUUUUGAAGAGCAAGAAUAUGUUGAUUGUCUGCAGAAAGAAAUUGAGUUGGCUAUAACAGAAAAAUACAUUCCUUAUGUAAACCCUUUAGUGAUCAUUCUAAACUGCAUGAGAUCUCAGAAUCCUGAUGAAAGUUCAAGAAUAAAUUCAUUGAACAGUGUUUCUUUAAAACAUAUGCUUUCUGAAAAAGAGCAAAGGGCUUUUGAUCAGAAACUAAAAUCUAUUGAGAAGGUGCAUUCAAAUCCUGACAAUUUCUAUGCAUUUAUGAUUAUGAAGCAAAACUUUGACUCACAGUACAUAGAAAAAGUGGUAAAACAUACCUUGCUUAACUUCAAUACUGCCUCUAAACCAGCACAACUUGUUUGCUAUCUAAUGCUGCUAAAUGCAUAUGUAAGAACAUCUGUGGUUUCAAUAUCACUAUGUGAAGAAUUCUUAGGAAUUAAUUCUCAAGAGAUUGGCUGCAGUAAAGAUAAAUUGAUAGAAAAGAUGGGAAUUUGCUCCAAUAUUCUAAUAUAUUGUCAGGUACAUGAAUACUCGAGAUACAAAGCUCUUCGUAUCAUUCACCCGUUGAUAGCGUCUCAGUGCCUAACAGAACUGAAAGUAACCUGUGGCUUGCCUAAAAGUGAAAUUACAUUGCAGUUACUGAAAGAAGAUUUAUUUUGUAAGACUUCACCAAAGCAAGACAAACUUACUCACGACAUACAAUCCCUGCUAAUUACUAGACAGCGCAAGGAGCAUGGCGAUGAGUCAGACACAUUGUUUUCUCCCUUAAUUGAAGCCAUUCAUACAGAAGAGAAGAGGGGUAAAGUACAGAAUGUGUUAAAACAGGCAUCUGCUAGAUUUAAGGGAAAUGGUUUCAUUUGCCAAGCCUUAGCAAGAUACUUCUAUAUUAAAGAAAAGAAUUUUGACUUUGCAUUACAGUGGGCUAAAGAAGCCAAACAAAGGGCACCAAACCAUUCAUUCAUAUCAGAUACAUUAGGUCAAGUCUUUAAAAGUAAGCUAAAACGACAAUGUGUAGAGUUGAAAGCAAAGAGUGCAGUCCUGACAGCUGAGGACCUGGAAUACUUUCUAGAGCUUGCUGAGAAAGCUUCACAGGCUUUCAGAGAAUGUCAGCUGCAAGCUGAAUGUGCACAAAAUGAACAUUUGCAGCAUCAAAAGCUUAAAAGAAAGAUUCAACCAUACAAUACUGCUGGUUAUCUGGGAGAGAUAGAAACUGGUCUUUACGUUCUUGAUGUACUUUACCAUAUUCCUUUUUUCAGCAAAGAAGACUACCAGUGUAGAAAAAAUAUGACAAAUUAUCUAUCAGGAGAUAGUGUUUUGAAAGCAGAUAACCCUAACAAAGAGAGUAAAAUGUUCAAGGUUCUGGAACAUUAUUCCAGCUUUCUAAGUAAUUUGCAAUCACGGUUGAAAAGGGCAUUUGAUUUUUUUGAAAGCUAUUUUGUGUUUUUCAAAACACAGACAAAUGAAAAAGAAAUUGUAGAAGAUAAAAUGUAUAAGAAGGUUCAAGAAUGUUUUAACAAAUACAGAGAAAUAUUUUGUAAUUUUGAUUUGGAGCAACUGAAAAGUAAACAGGUGUCAAAGUUGUCCAUGUCUCAGCAUAUAAAAGUAUACAGGGACACUAUGGAGGCUUCCAAAGCAGACUCAUUUUCUGGCAUUUUGGGAUACCUCCACAGAAAUCACAAAAAUGCUGGCAAAGAACUAGAAGACAUAGCAGAAGCAUAUGCAUUUUUGUGUGAGGAGAAUGGACAAGCAACUCUGAAAGACAAACAGAAUUUUAUUUUGUCCAAUAUUGUUCUAAACUGCAUUAAACCUAAAUCCACCAAGUUACGUCCUUUUAAAGAGCUGAGAAGUCUGCUUCUAAGCAUUCUAGAAGAAGUGGAACCAAAUUCACAGUGUGUGGAGCCUUUCUUCCUAGCCUCCCUAUUGUUCUGGCCCAAAGACAGCAAAAAUCUAAAUGAGGAUUCCAGAAAAAUUGAAACUUCUAUAAGCCGCUUAAGUGAAUCUUUCAAAGAGCUCUAUGGAACCCUGAAUCGUUCCAGGGAGCCUGUAGCUUUUUUCUAUCUGACAAAAGGCAGUGGCCUAAACAGAUUUGUUCACAAAGAAAAAAUAGAUGAGCAUUUUAGUUCACUUUCAGAACAGGAACUGAAUUCCCUGUGGCAGACUGGAAACAUCUGGAAGGAACAGGCUGUCAAAGAUCUUUUGCUUACUUUGGAUGGAAGAGCUGAGGGUAAAGUUAUCUAUAUAGACUGUGGCAGCAACGAAACCUUUAGGAUACCAGCACAGCCUGUUCCCUCAUGCCUAUUGAAAAAUGGCCCUAACAUAAAAAGGGUGUCUUUUUACCUUGGGUUUUCCAUUGCUGGCCUCCUGGCAUACAACGUACAAAGUCUGUCACUAAAGCAAUAACUAUUGCAGUUUCUCAAUGACAAGGCUUUUACAGGCAAAAUUAUCCUUUAACUGGUUUUCAGUUUGGCUU